AUGCGUAGUUUACUGGUAUUGGUGUUGAUCAUUACCGCAGUCAUUUACCUGUCCAUGCAAGGAUAUGAUUGUGUGGAUAUCAUUGGGGGUCACGAUGUUAAGAGUAACUCAAGACUUUACAUGGCAUCUAUUCAGAUUAACAAAACACAUGUAUGUGGGGGAGCAUUGAUUAAACCUCAGUGGGUAUUGACUGCAGCGCACUGCAGCAAAAGAAUGACAGUAGCAGAAACGGAAGUAGUUGUUGGAUCCCAUUCGCUUUCCAAGCAAGAAAACAAACAGACAAUAAAGCUGAAGAAGACCUUUCCACAUCCAAACUUCACCUGGGAUUCUGUUGGAUAUGACAUUAUGCUGCUUCAGUUAAGGAAUAAAGCCAUUCUCAACAAGUUUGUCUCAACUCUAAAGCUGCCCAAAUCAACUAAAAGUGUCAAACCAGGAACCAAAUGCAGUGUCGCAGGAUGGGGAAAAGAUGGAACUAAAUCGUACCCUGAUACUUUAAAGGAAGCUAACAUAACUGUCCUGAAAAUGGAAAUUUGCAAGAAAAUAUAUUCACUUAAUCUAACAAAUGACAUGAUAUGUGCGCUUGGUCAAGAUUCCAAACAGGAUGUAUGUGAGGGUGAUUCCGGUGGUCCAUUAUUAUGUAAGAAGUGGUUUCGUCAAAAUGUGUACAGUGGCAUUGUUUCAUUUGGAAGUCACUGCGGGGAUAACAUUAAACCUGGUGUUUACACACAUUUAUCAAACAAUUAUCUCUCAUGGAUCAACAAAGUAAUUCAUGCUGCAAGUUAUUGAAUGACAAACAUUCUGCUUUUUUAGGAAGAACAUGCUUGUGAAAUCUUUAUUGAGUUGGAAAUUGUUCAUAGCCUAAAAUUUUUAAAAAAUGGUGCAACUGAAUUCUUUUAAUGAUUGCCAGAACUUCAUCUUUUACGUUUUUAAGUAGAGUGCAAAAAUCAUCUAUUCUUUGAAAAUUCAAUACAAAACAGCUUAACUGUUAAAUUAACGCGGUUGCUAAUAUUAUCAGCUAAACUUGUAAUCCACUUAUAAUGUAC